CCAUACCUCGACUUUUUGUGUCAGGAAAGAGCUAAUACAGAACAAAUGAAAUAUAUUCCAAGUGAUCCCCUUUCUUCUCUGUAAAGUUUUAUUGCACCAGUCUUUUCUAGGAGUAUGUAGCUUCACUUUCUACAAGCAACAAUUCUUAUUUAGAAGUUCUGUGAUUUAAUAUAGUCUUUGAAACCAGUUAAUGCAUUCAUCUUUAAAGCCUUCUCUUGAAUGGUAGGCAAGCUAGCACACCUCCCCUUGAAACUGUAGGAGUACAGAUUCUUCAAGCAAUAAAAUCCUCUCGUGGUUGUGUGAGGCUUAGCUGAGGACCCAAGCCCAUGUGAUGCUUUCACAAGGGUCGAUGCCAGAAGAGGACUAAUUUGUGGUCACCCUGUCCAUUAGCCUGAGGACCUAUCAGCUUUUAGUGGCAACAGUGAGAGACCUAGAUUGAGAUACCAUCAUACUUUGCUUUCAUGGACAGUUUAAGGUUAAUUCUUUAAUUUCCUGUUGAUACAAGCAACAUUGGAUGUUGCAUGAAAGCCGUCAGCUAACCAUCAGUGAUCUGGUCUGACCUCGUGUGUGUCAGAUGCCACGGUACUUCCCAGAAUUAAUCUCUGCUUCAAGCCUAGUAGGCAUGGGUGAGCUAAAGCACAUCUCUUAGAAAAACAUACAAUCUUGAUUUCAAAAUUGCCAGCGAUGAAGAAUCUACCACAGCCUUUGGUCAUUGAUCAAAAAAUACUGAAUUUCCUAGGGCCAAAAUUUGGCCUCUGGGGCACCCUUGUGAAUGCUGACUGGGGGACCACUCAACGGGACCUACAGGCUGCGGCAGAUUCACUUCCACUGGGGAUCCAAUGAUGAAGCCGGCUCUGAGCACACAGUGGAUGGGAUGAAGUAUGCAGCAGAGCUUCAUGUAGUCCAUUGGAACUCAGAGAAGUAUUCCAGUUUUGUUGAGGCAGCUCGUCAGUCAGAUGGAUUAGCAGUCAUGGCAGUAUUUCUGAAGAUUGGUGAAUGCAACCCUCAGCUGAAGAAGAUUACUGAUCGCUUGGACACCAUCAGAAUCAAGGGUAAAAGAGCACUAUUCACCAACUUUGAUCCUAGCUGUCUGCUUCCCAAGUCCCUGGACUACUGGACUUACUUUGGCUCUCUCACUGUUCCUCCUCUUCUUGAGAGUGUCAUCUGGAUUGUUCUGAGAGAGCCCAUAAGUGUUUGUUCGGAACAGCUAGCCAAGUUCCGCAGCCUCCUGAGCACAGCUGAGGAUGAAGUUGCCUGCUGCUUGCUGAGAAACUACCGCCCUCCCCAGCCUUUAAAAGGACGAGAAGUCAGGAGGAAUUAAAGGAGUAAAGAUAGAAUAGUCUUCCUCUGAAACCAAAGGCUGAAUUAAUUUUAAUAGCUAAUAUUCUUAAUGAUUUUUUUUUUGGUGAGUUGUUUUAACAAGUAGGUGUUGUUUUGUUACUGGUUACCAUGCAAUCAUUUCUAACAGACAAGUAUGUCCUGAGCUGCUGCAGGUUCAUCAAUUUUAACAGGUCUGACUGUGUUUGAGUGCAUUGGUUUGGGAGUAUUGAGGCAUUAACAUGCACAGAGUGCAGUGCUAGUCAUAAGUUUCAGACGUGGUAAAGGAGUUGUCCAGAAUUUGCCACCAAAUUACUGAACAGGAUCUCUGAUAUUAAUGGUAUCAAAGGAUGCUAUGGAAUUAUUAUUUUGGUCUCUAGCAUAACAUUUAGCUUCUAAAUAAGACUUCACACUGUAAUUCUCAAGAAAAAGAUGUUUCAAAGCUGAUACAGUAUCAUUGCUGACUUCUGCAAUACCACGCUUACCUUCAUACAAAAAGCAGUAAUGACUGCUUUUAAGUAAAACAGAUAUAUGCAUAUGAUCCUGUUAUUCUGACUGCUUUAUAGUAGUAAAUAUGUCCUGAUUUUUAAUAUUUUUUAAGCAAACAGUAAGGAUUUUGUAUAUUCUAGGAUCAUGUCAGAUGGAUUAGGUAUUCCUGAAUUCCACCACUUGUAGUGAUGCAAUUGUCCUGAAAACUUAAAGAUGGAAGGGCACAGAGGGAAUUGUUUGUUCCUAAAUCCAGUCUGUUGCACUUGAUGAACAGUAAAGGACUAUAACACUAUACCUAUGUAGCAUCAGACUCCUACUACUUAAAAACAGGAGGCAGGGGUAGCUGUUGCUCCAGACUGUUUCCUGCUAGACACAUUGCACACUGCAGUGUGAAGCACAUGCUGCAUACCUCACGUCUUGCAGUGGAACACAGCACUACUCAGGUAUGUAAUGUAUCCUUGGUACUGGCUAAUGUUCUGCUAUAAUAGCUGAAUUUGGGUGGGUUGCACUUCUUUUCCAAGACCAAAGAUAGCAGUUAGACCAAGCCAAAGAAAUCAGAAUCAAUUCAAUAUCUAAUAAAAGAUCAGCUGUCAGCAGCAAUUGUUGAAAUGUCUGUCUUGAAUGAAUUUACUUGAGCCUGUGUUUCUCUCAGGAGCUUUUGUUAUCUGAAUAUAAUUGUUUGGUUUGUGUCAAAUUGAUUUUUAUUAUUUUUAAUGAAUUUACCACAGGAUAUAGCUAGUAGAGGAUUAGGUUUACCCUCAGACUGUGAGUACUAAAUAGUGAAAGCCAGUGAUACCUAAGCUAAAGGUUUCAUGAGCAGCAACUACCACCAGUCUCUGCAGUAACUUGUGACCAACUCGUCUUCUGUGACUGCUCUGCAUGAGUUUGUGUUUUUAUAGGUUUUAUAUGCUGUACCUUUUACCUCAAUAGGCCUUUUGAUCUUAGAUGGAGAAAUAUGAGGGAAAUCACAAUCAGGAUUCACUUUAUAUACCUUCUUAUAACUGAAUAAAUUAGACAUAGAGACAUAGAUAUUUUAGUUUAGAUUAAGAUAGGUGGAUUUUUUGUUUGUUUGUUUUCUCUUCCCCAGUAUAUAACUACUGUUGCUGCAAGGCCUCUCAACACCUGCUGAAUGUUUUCUGAAUAAAGAGCACAAAUAGACCAUGGGAAAAAUAAAAGGCAUUUGGCAGUGGCAUAAAGAUUAGCCAAAGAGGAAAAACCUGCAGAUAGUUUUUGUUUUCUGGCAUAGGGAGAAGAAUGCAGCUGAAAAGACCUCACAUUGGUUCUUUAUGAAUGAGGAUGUCUGGAAAAUGUGCAUGAAGAAUGCAGGGGCGUAUGCGUGCUUUCAUACUCUUUUUUAGUCUUGGUGUUGAAUCUGAUAUGUUUCCUUGUCAUGUGAAUAGCUGCAGAACAUGAAUAAAAUGUUUACAAAUG